AUGUCGCUCAAUCCAUUAUCUGUGAUCUUGAAAGAAAACAAACUCGAGGGGCCAAACUAUGUAGACUGGAAACGUAAUUUGGAUAUUGUUCUCAUCGCUGAUGAUUAUAAGUUUGUGCUUGAAACUGAUUGCCCCGAAAAACCUGUUGGUACUUCUGCGGAAGAUAAGGCCAUGUACAAUAAGUGGAUAAAGGCAAAUGAGAUGGCGAAGUGCUAUAUUUUGGUUUCUAUGUCAAAUGUACUUCAACAUCAACAUCAUUCCUACGAAUCCGCUUUUGAGAUCAUGGAGAACCUUAAAUCUCUUUUUGGGACUCAGAGUCGAUCUGCUAGAUCUCUAGUGAUUAGGAGUCUCAUGAAUAAGACGAUGAAGGAGGGCACGCCAGUUAGGGACGAUGUCCUUGAAAUGAUGCGCCAUCUCAAUCAAAUUGAGGUCUUGGGAGGAUCAAUAGAUCCAGAUUUUCAAGUAGACAUAAUACUCCAAAGUCUUCCGGCAAGUUUUCAACAGUUCAAAGUCAACUAUGAGAUGACUAAGCAAGACCUUAACUUGGCUGAACUUCUAAGCAAGCUAUGUUGGUUGACCGCGCCUCCAGUUCCAAAGUCACUAGACCUAGGAAGGAUGGCAAGGCGGAGCAGGGAUUGA